AUCGAAGAUGGCGACGGCAAGCGAUGAAAGAGUGCGAUCCUUAAAACAGACCCUGAUUGAAAGCCUAACAGCGAUUCUCUCGCCGAAUCAGGAAAUAAGAAGGAUUGCAGAAGACCACCUAARAGUUCUAGAGGUCACAGAAGAGUUUGGUGUGCAUCUUGCUGAGUUGACUGUUGACGUACGUGAAGCCUUAGCAAUCAGACAGCUUGCAUCAGUCAUUCUUAAACAGUAUGUGGAAGCUCAUUGGUCUCAAGACUCCGAAAAAUAUCACCCUCCAGAGACGACAGAAGCAGCUAAGACAGAAAUAAGGAGACUGCUUCCUGCAGGUCUACAAGAGUCAAUCAGUAAAGUUAGAUCAAGUGUGGCAUAUGCCAUAUCGGCUAUUGCUCACUGGGACUGGCCGGAUGCUUGGCCUGAAUUGUUUGGACAGCUGAUGCAAGCACUAACUAGUGGUGAUGGUAAUCUUGUACAUGGAGCAAUGCGAGUAUUGACAGAAUUCUGCAGAGAAGUAACAGACAACCAGAUCUCACAAGUUGCUCCUGUGAUUCUACCAGAGAUGUACAACAUAUUUGUUCAAGACCAGGCAUAUAGUAUCAGAACAAGAUCAAGAGCUGUAGACAUCUUUAACACUUGUGCAGGACUUAUCUGUGCAAUGACUGACUAUCAGAAGGAUGCCCCAGAAAGAUACCUGUUCCCAGUCCUUCCGCAGUUUGUCCAAGCUUUCACCCAGUUUCUUUCAAUGCCUGACAGCUUGACGUCUGACUGUGGGCUCAAAAUGGAGAUACUCAAGGCCCUCACAACACUAGUCAAAAACUUUCCCAAACAAACGAGUCAAUACCUGGCCAAUAUUCUCCCGCAUGUGUGGAACACAUUAACACAAAGUGCUGAAAAAUAUGUCAAAGCAGUGGUUAAUGAUACAGAAGAUGCCGAUGAUCCUGUCGACUCUGACGGUGAGGUCCUUGGAUUUGAGAACCUGGUGUUUGGUGUCUUUGAGUUCAUACAUGGGCUGGUUGAGACACCGAAAUUCAAAAAGAUUGUCAAGCAGUUCCUGAAUGAGCUGAUAUAUUUUCUUCUACUUUACAUGCAGAUCACAGAGGAGCAGAUCCAAGUGUGGACAGCCAAUCCCAAUCAAUUUGUCGAAGACGAGGAUGAUGAUACCUUCUCUUACUCUGUGCGCAUAGCAGCUCAGGAUGUCUUGUUGGCUGUAUCUGCAGAAUUCAAGAACGACAGUGCGGUGACAUUAGCAAAAGCAGUAACAAGACAUGUGGAAGAGGCAAACACUAACAGACAAAAAGGAGACGUCAACUGGUGGAAAAUUCACGAGUCGUGUAUGCUUGCAAUGGGUUGCGUCAAGACUCUACUGACCGACAAGAUCGCCCGUGAAGACCUGAUAUCCUUCUUGAAUAAUGUCGUGUUAAGAGGACUACAAGAGUCAGUUUCACCUUUCCUCGUUGGUCAGGCCUUGUGGGUUGGAAGUCGGUUUAGUCUUAUGAUGGAUGAACAGAUGUUAAACAACUUUUUACAAGCGUCUGUCAGUGGUUUACAGUCCACACAACUUCCAGCCGUCAGAAUAUGUGCAGUGCGCGCAGUUUACGAGUUUUGUGAACAUCUGAAGAGAUCGAAAAACACUCAAAUGUUGGUGCCAUAUUUGACACAGAUGAUGGAUGGGCUACUUACCAUGGCAACGCAGUCAACAGAUGACGUUUUGGCACUUGUUCUGGAAACACUUAGAAUAGUCAUGUCGGUCGAUAAAGAAUUCACAGCGUCAUGUGAGAGUAGAAUAGCACCUCUUGCUAUAGCACUUUUUAUAAAACUGGCUAAUGAUGCCGCUUUGAUCCCACUUAUUGAGGAUAUUUUCAAAGAGUUAGCAAUGAACCCGACAUGCAACACGCUUCUACAACAAAGGUUCAUCCCAACUCUUAUCAGCAUUUUUCAAUCUCCUCCAGAAAAAAUUCCUCUAGGUAUCAACGUGAUAUGUAUGGAUGUUCUUACAAACAUCGUUAAAUAUUCAGAGCCACCUUUAUCAGAUGCCAUGCUUAAUACUGUAUUCCCUCUUCUCGUURAGCUUAUGCUGAGUUCUGAUGAUAAUAGUGUAUUACAGAGUGGUGGCGAGUGUUUAAGAGUAUUCGUAAUUGUCGGAGGAGAACAGCUACUAUCAUGGCAUGAUUCACAGACGAACAACGGUGUAUCAUACGUCAUCCGUGCAACCUCGCACCUUCUUGAUCCGAGAGGGGCUGAGUUCACUGCUUCCUUUGUAGGGAGACUGGUUACUACCCUGAUAAGAAAAUUUGGUAAAAAUCUUGGUGAGAAUCUAGAUUUACUCUUACGAGGCGUUCUGAGUAAACUACAGCAAGCUGAAACCCUAAGCGUUAUUCAAGUAACUACCGAGCAGUGGACGUCUGUUCCAGUUGCUGUGAAGUUAUUCAAGUUAAUCAUCAACGAACUUGGCACUUUACUAGAAAAUAAUAAUGAGGAUACAAACGCUGAGGACGGUGACUCAGAUGAGGGCGAAGAAGGUUGGGAAGAUGAUGAAAUUGAUGAAAUUGAAAUGGGAGGACACAGCCUAUCGUCAAUCAUGGGAAUGUACGCACCAGCUUCAGAAUUCGCAGGGUUUGAUCUGUUGGAUGAUCCAGUCAAUGAAGACGACGAUGACCCAGAAAUUACUUCAGACCCAAUCUUUAAUAUGGACUUACAGGCUCACCUGAUAGAAUACCUAAAGACUUUCGUACAACAGCCUUGCUUCCAUUCCUUCGCAGAAUCCCUCAACGCCAUGGAGAAACACACCCUUUCUAAAAUAGGCAUAAACUCGUGAUUCACAUUUAUGUACCAAGUGGUUGAUGCGAGGGUCGUUCCUAGGUCGUUGCUAGGCAACGCCGCCAUCUUUGAAGAAGUGUGCAUGCGUGCAAAUAGAAUAUUGCUAAAGAAUUAAAAUUAUCACUGAUAAGCUUUUCAAAAAGCUUUGGAAUAUGCAAAGGAGGUCUUACGUUUGUGGAUUUGUGGUUCUUAAGACUCCAGUUUUACUAAAAUUAAAAUUGAUAAUCUGUAGGAUGACACCACGAGAUUAUAGCUCGUGGCGUGAAAAAAAGAAGCUAAAAAGCAACCAAAGAAAGUGAAUAAGUGUUAAAGUACGGCUCGAAUCCAUCCCGAGUUUCCAGCUCGUUUUCUUCAGGCGGAAAGCUUUAGAUGAAAAUAACUGGAAAAUGAAUGACUGGUAUAGUAUGGUAUAAUCCGUUAAUGAUUAUCAGAACAGAUCAAAGUUAAACAUAACGAAGCCAAAAGUAGACCCCUUGCAUUUGACGUCAUUCUGGGGCCAGUCAAAACAAUAAGAAACACAUUUACAGAAGAAACUUUCUUAAUAGGCAUUUGCGUGGGAAAAGUGUCGGUUUGCAAGGUCUUGCCCGUCAGGUUUCCCAAAAAAUGCUUAUAAAAUAUGCGACUUUAUUUUUAAUGUCAUUUAUUCUGGUUUGUUUGUUAUGAGCUGAAAUUCUACUCUCUACCAAUUUUGAGGUGCUCUUUUUAUUGUUKUGGUUUAUUUUGACACAGCUGCUCGUUUCGAGGGAGUUAGGGUCACGUAACCUGAUAGUGCGAGGGCAACUCUUGUUUUGAAGCCCAGAUUGGAUCAGAUAGUGAAUUAGUGCAAGGGGUCUAUAGAUAAGCGCUCUACAGAUAACCAGUCUACAGUAUGGAGUCACGUAUCGCGAUACACAGAAUUUGUAAUAGACGAAGUCUUUUUAAAAUGAAAUGCGGAAUAAAAAAGGCAAAAAACACAA